GAUGAAGUGGAGAAGAUAUAUGGUUUUGGUCGUUGCAUCGAGUUGUACCUCCAGGAUGAAAAGUUAGUCAAAAUAAACGACAAGGGAAAGGAGCUGUUAAAGAAAGACGUUGAAGUGUGGACAAAGAGACCCCUGACGGAUGAUCUUAUCCAGUACUGUAUUGUGGAUACAGUGGCGAUGUUCAGGUUGUACAGCGAGAUGAAGGAUGUCAAUGGUGGAGAACAGGCUCGUCUGCGAGUUUCAUCCGAGAAGUAUGUUGAUCUGUAUCGAGGCAAAACACAACGGUCUUUCGACAACUAUGAAUUGAACGCGUAUCUACCUCUUGACAUAAUUCCUGAUAAAGGAACUCUAGAUUUUCCUGCUGCUAACACUGAAUGUACGCGCUGCCAUCGGCGAUUUCCACGAAAAGAAUUCAGUGCAACACAGCUGAGAAAAAGAGAACAGAAAUGCAGGGUGUGUAAGGAGAUAAAGCGCCAGGAGGAUGUACACCAGCUCAGAGAAGACCAGUGGAGACAACGCCAGGCUGGCCGCGAAGAAUAUUUCCAUUUGGAUGACUUAACUUUAGAUUUCCACUGUUCAGAUUAAUGUGGUAAAAUCUCAUGUAGGCUACGUGCCAACACAAAAUCCUAUCAAUAUGGCAUGGAAACUAAUUCCAAAGGACUUUGAUACUUCAGUAAAGAAGGACUACAGCGAGACAAACAUAAGUUUACAUGUAACUUAAAGGCAUGUCAAUCGUACGUUUUUGCCACUUUUUACCACAAUGGUAAAAUAAGUGUUACCGUCGAGAAAAAGUGUUGAUAGGUAAGAGAAACGUAAGUGGGCUAUGUCUUUUCCUGGUAAUCAGUAGCCUAACUUAUGCAAGCUUAUUACAUCUAUUAUGACUCAUUGCUGUCACCGAAGUCCGUUCAAGCAAGCAGUCCAAACCCUGCGAGGACUUCUUUACAGGAAAUGGCAAUAUUAUUUUACAGGUGUGUUGAUCAGCCCAUAAACAGAUACAUGUUCUAUCAAAUAUUUUCGCUCGCACGCGAUUGGUCUAAACACGUCACAUGACCAAAUAUUGCCCAACUAAAACACUGCGCGCGUUGCAAAAAAUAUUUGAAGAAUAAUAAACACAUUAGCCUGCAUUUGGGGCAAAAAUAUGCUAGGAUAAUUG